AUGCCCGUUGUUGGUGCGCUGUCCCUCGGUAGACGGGCCCAAUAUGCUACUCGAUCCCUCUCCCGCAAGUCACUCGGCAACAACGCCCGUCGCUCCUUCUCCAAGCACGGCCAUGUGAAGAGCGACCACCUUCCUGCUGACGAGCAGCGCCACUUGCUGCGUCGAGUCGCCGUCGACUUCUCUCCCCUUCGAUCCGCUGCUCUUCAUCUAUACCAGCAACGCGGAGACCCUCGCGAAUCAAAGACAUGGCACCUCUCGUCGAGUCCCAACCACAAGGCCCUGAAGAAGAUUGUCGACCGUCGCUUGGAACUCAUGGCCGCCUCUGACACACCUCACGAGCCCGCCAUACCUGAUGACACGACCAACUCCUUGACGGCCCAAGAACAUGCUGUGCUCCGUUCCUUGGGUUCUUCACAGCAUCACGUCGACUAUUAUGCCAACAUCCUCUCCACCAGAGACUCGCUCUUCGCUGCCCGCCUGCUCACGGCAUCCCAAGCUCCUCCAUCCUUCGUCUACUGCGACUUUCUCGCUCGACAGCACAUUCGUCCCGAAGCUCUUCGUCUUCUUUUGCACCACCUGCCAAACUGGGACACCGAUACACCCUUCCUGUCCAACCGUCUUAUGUUUCCCAUCUUUGAGAGACUCUCGUACCAUUGCCGUCGCGUUUGGCCUGUCGCUCUGACCGUCGUGGCCACUUGGCUGACACGCCAACUGCGUCUGUCUGAUGACCGUCUUCUUCGCUUUCAAGAGCCCGCCAUGCAUGAGAACAAUUGUGCUUUCGUCUCGCAUUUGACCUCCCGAUUCAAUCAUGCCCUCCGUAUACUCUCUCAGCCCUCGCACAUCUCUCCUUUCAAGAACGUCGUCUUUCAAGAGGCUGCCCAAGCCAUCAUUCUCAAACACAUGGCUGAUCACACCCCUGCUCUUGCUAUCGAUCGAGUAGGCUAUCGCGCCGUCGCACGCGUCCAGCUGGCCACUAAGAAAAGCCCCUCUGACCGAGAAUGGGCCAGGCUCAAAUCUCCCUCCUGGCCUCCGUGGAAAGAAGAUCGUACGGGUAUGGAUGCCCGUAUCGGUCUCGACUAUGGUAUUAGUCGUGCUCACCAAAUCUUGAUCAGAAUGCAGGAGGCCGGCUAUCCGCUCAAGCUGCGAGACCAGGUUACUAUGAUAUACGCAGGCUGGGAUACAGACCGCAGCCCGACUAUUCAGAAACGAAUAUUCCUCCAAGACCUGCCUAAAAGCAGCUUUGCCCAAAGCAUCUGGACCGCUCGAAUCAAGACAACUCGUACAGCUCAGCAAGCUUGGGCUUGUUUCUUGGCUUACCAGGACGAGAAUCUCCCUGCAGACCAUCGCAUCUAUCACGCCAUGUUCGAAGUAUUGAUACAGGAGCGCAAAAGAGUUAGACUGGGCGCCGAGAAUAUUGGCCAUGAAGUUGAUGAUGAUGAUGAUCCGGAUCCUCUUUAUCCAGGCGACACCAUGGAGAUUGGUUCGCCCCCAUCAUCCACCCAUCAGUUGACAUAUAUUCGUGCCGAGAUGCCUUCAGUCCAACAGCUCUACGACCAUAUGCGCGAAGACGGAAAACAUCCUUCCGACGAUACGCUUGCUAUGCUUUUGGACAGCGCAGAAACUCUUGCAGAGGGCUUAGUCUAUCUCGAGACCGGCGCUGAGAGAUAUCGCUCUGCUAUCAACGCUCUCCUUCAUGGAUCCAAGCAUGACCAGUCCUUGCACGUCUUACCAAAUCAUCUCUUUACGGCCUACAUACGCCUUUUAUGUCGUUUCCCUCACACUCCACUCGAUAGAGAGUUGACACUGCUAUGGCGAUACGGCACUGUGGUCAGGUCCAACUUCGACCUUCGACAGCCCUUAGCCCGAGCUCUCUAUUUGCUUGUCGAGCAGAAACGAACACAUCUUCCAGCCUGGAAUUGUUUAUUUGCUGCAUUGGCUCGUAGAGCUGCGCCGACUCUGGCUUCGAGCUGGAGAUCGCUACAUCUUCGAGGCGAACAGUCUUUGAUGACAGAAAACGAGCUGUACGACAAGAUUUUUGCUUUCAAUCUUGCCCGUCAGGUCAAUGUGACCAUGUGGGAGAACGAUCUCACGUUAGACGAGGAUGCCUUUCUGUGCGUCUGCCGCAUCGCUGAGCAUGCAGCAAGCGCCGUCCACACUGUUUUCCAAAAAUAUGGAUAUAAUCCAGAAUUUGCUUCUGAAGCCACAGGCCGCCUCAUCACGCAUGCGAACACUAUAGUCCGAGACGGCCACGGCUGGAUGAAAGAACAGUUCUGGACUCUGACCGAAGGCGCAAAGGACUCUAUUUCAACUCUUCCGAAGACAGAAGAUUCCGAGCGUGAGCUGCCUCUUUUGUACACCGUCCCUCGUCCAGCCUUGCUGCAUGCGUACAUUCGCGCCUUGGGUAUGUUGCGCGACCACGAUGGUCUCCAAGAGCUGGUCGAAUGGAUGUGUAGACAUCGGGAUGAGCUUGCCAACCGCUGUGCUAUGGACCGCAGAGGUCGUGUCUUGAUGCGCAGAGCCCUGAUUGCUCUUCGUGUGUUCGUCGAGGAUCGAUGGGACCCUUCGAAGCCCGAGCUUGACAACCCUCCUGCAUCACCCGAACAGAUUGAGGAGAUCAAGACGCUUGUUGAGAGUGUGAAACAAUGGGGUGGCUGGCCUUCGGAUGAGGAAGUCGAGAUGUAUGUCGAGUAUGGUCGCGGAGGUGCUUUAUAA